ACAUAACACUGCCAUCCAUGCUUCCUCAAUAGCCACUGCAAUUCAUCCCUGCAAAAAGGCCCUGUUUCUUAGAAAAUUUGAAACAUGGGAUUUCACAUACCUGAAAACCCCAUGAGCCAAAGUUGCAUGAGAUUUGAACACAACACUCAUUGCAGACAAUAUCAACAUGAAAUGCUUGGGAAGAUGAGAUUUGUCAUCUCUGCGUUUUUCUUUCUUAUGAUGUUUUCUUACACAGGUGAACUUUUAGAUGGUUCUCAGGCUUCAAUUCGUUUUAAUUUUGUUCCGCUUGUUCAAUUUUCCUGUUCUGUUUUCGUGUAUGCAGCUGCAUAUGAUCCCUUGGAUCCUAAUGGAAACAUUACUAUCAAAUGGGAUAUCAUGUCUUGGACCCCAGAUGGCUAUGUGGCGGUGGUGACAAUGCACAACUUCCAAAUGUACCGGCACAUCAUAAGCCCAGGUUGGACCUUAGGAUGGACCUGGGCUAAGAAAGAAGUGAUAUGGUCCAUGGUGGGAGCUCAAACCACUGAACAAGGAGACUGCUCCAAGUUCAAAGGGAACAUACCACAUUGCUGUAAGAAAACCCCCACAGUGGUAGACUUGCUCCCUGGGGUUCCUUACAACCAACAGUUCUCUAAUUGCUGCAAAGGGGGAGUGGUGUCUUCAUGGGGCCAAGAUCCUGCUGCUUCUGUCUCUGCCUUCCAAGUGAGUGUGGGGCUAGCUGGUACUUCCAACAAGACCGUGAAGCUUCCCAAGAACUUCACAUUGCUAGGGCCAGGUCCUGGCUACACCUGUGGGAUUGCAAAGAUUGUGCCCCCCACCAAUUUCCUCACACCUGACCGCCGCCGCAAAACUCAGGCACUCAUGACAUGGAAUGUGACUUGCACUUAUUCACAGCUCCGCGCCCGGAAAAAUCCAAGUUGCUGUGUCUCCUUCUCUUCUUUCUACAAUGAAACAAUCACUCCUUGCCCUUCUUGUGCUUGUGCUUGCCAAAACAAAAAUAACUGUGUCCAGAGCGAUUCCAAACUUCUGAGUAUGGUGGGAAUAAACACUCCAAGAAAAGAUAACGUACCUCUGCUGCAAUGCACGCACCACAUGUGCCCGGUUCGGGUGCACUGGCAUCUGAAGAUCAACUAUAAGGACUACUGGCGUGUGAAGGUCUCCAUAACCAACUUCAACUACAGGCUGAACUACACAUUGUGGACCCUUGUUGUUCAGCAUCCAAACCUCAACAAUGUUACUCAAGUUUUUAGCUUUGAUUACAAGCCUCUGGUCCCCUAUGAGUCCAUAAAUGACACAGGUAUGUUCUAUGGCAUGAAAUUCUAUAAUGACCAGCUCAUGGAGGCUGGGCCAUUUGGUAAUGUUCAGUCAGAGGUGCUUUUUCAGAAGGACAACACUUUCACCUUUAAGCAAGGCUGGGCAUUUCCUCGGAAAGUCUACUUCAAUGGUGAUGAGUGCAUGCUGCCCCUACCUGAGACAUAUCCAUUUCUGCCCAACUCUGCUCAUCAAAACCUACUUGCUUUCUCAACCUUCAUUUCUUCGGUGAUUUUCCUGCUGGUCACUGUUUGGUGAUUGUCUUGAUUGUUUUCCAAGAGUUCGCAAUGCUGAAACAGUGAUACAAGUUUUGAAGCCAAGGCGACGUCCACAUGGAACACUGGCACAUUGUCUCAAAAAUCCUUUGAAGAAAACAAUAAAGCUAAGGUAUAUACAUAUGAACUAGAGAGCAGGGGGAGACUAGAUCUGAACUCUAAUGAAACCUCAGUGAAUUUUUAAAGGGCUCGUAAUUUAAUACUUCCUACAUCUCUGUAACUCUGUUCCAUUAUUCUCAUAACAUGCAGAGAGGCCAUUUUUUUAAA